UUACCACGUUUCGUAUUUUCCCUCCCAAAUCCAAAAAUUUGAAACUCUCACUCUCGUCUCGAUCUUACAAAAAUCCAAUAAGAGUACAGACAGAAUCGGAACCCCUUUGGAGUUUCCAAAGGAGUGAUUCUGUGAAAUUUUCAUUGCUGAAAUCACGCCUUCCUUGAAGAUUUGGGGCCAUGGAAGACGAUCAAGAGCUCGGCUUUGACGCCUUUCAUGGCGCCCCAUCUCUUGUAUCUCUGGCUCACUUAUCGCCUUCCUUCACGCCCUCUUCUCGCCGUUUGUCGAGCAAUUUCAGCCCUCUUGGUCCCCCGGUUUGCUCAGCUCGGCGGCUAUCCUGGGUCUCUCUCCAGGGUCGUCUCAUUGGUGCGGAAGAAGCUAGUUCUGCUAAAGCUAUUGGAGGUUCGUUGAGUCCAGAAGAAGCCGUGGCGUGGGAACUAUUUAGCCCCAUUCAUCGAAUCCUCAUCGUCGCCGUGGUCGCUGUAGCUGCUGCUGAUUCGAAGAAAUCUCGACAAAUAUGGGAACUUAAAAGAUCCGUACAUCUCAGGGAUCAAGUUUUGUCAAGCAUGCAACAGAAGCUUGACGAUCUAUGCAACCAGAUGAACACCAUGAAAGACAGGCCUGAACAUGAAGUUAACUUGUCAUUCACAAAUAACAAAAAAAUCCUAUACAACAAUGAUAUCCAACUUGAUGAUACUACAAUUUCUCCUUGUGGUUGUCAACUUUGCUAUGAGCAUCGUGAUUCAUCAAAUGGUUUAGUGUGUGACUUUGUUGAGGUAUCAUGCCGCGGAGAUGAGGUGUUAAAGUAUAAGAUACCUUCCCCAAAUAUAGCAGAGCAAGAAGAGCGCCGGAUGUCUGACUUGUCUGACUGGUCUACAAGUGUGAAUUCUUUACUAGAUAUUCAGCUAGAGCGCCGGAUGUCUGACUUGUCUGACUGGUCUACAAGUGUGAAUUCCUUAAUAGAUAUUCAGCUCAACUCAGAUACAAAACUAAAGAAAGAUAUGGGGUUAACAUGGAUGAGAUUUUUUAUUUCCUCUUUCAUCUUCAUUUCUCCGUUUCAUCCAUCUUCAUCUUCUUCACUGUAA